CUGUGCACUAGAAGUUAUUUCUAUAUAAACUUUUAUUUCACAGCACUUGGAUUUAACUACGAUGUCUUUCAGUUGACAAAACAACAUCAUUAAUGUUGAAAGUCUUUGGGGAAUUGUGCAAACCUUUGUACGUCAACUACUUAGAAUUGCUUAGCUUAAGCACUCCCAUUAGGCGGAGCAUAACAAUAUAGUAAAGCAACAGUCUUAGACCUGCAGAAACAUUCUUCUUUCCAAGAGAGGCCCCAGGCUGUUGGUUGUUUCAAUGUAAAGUUUCAGCAAACUAUAAAAAUCAUCUGUUGGUUUCAGAAAUUGGAUUGGAAGCUGAAUAUCAUGAGUGUUGCAAUCAUUUCCAAGAACUUCUUUGGAAGACUACUGGUUACUGUAAUUAUAACGCAGCUGUCAAGUGGCCAAUAUUACAAGCAAGUGAAACCUCCAGUGCUUCCACAGAACCCAUUUAUUGUUGUUUGGAAUGCACCAACUAAAUGGUGCAGGCUUCGAUACAACGUAGAUCUGGACCUCAGUGUUUUUGAUAUAUCUUCAAACUCUAAUGAUACACUCAGUGGGUCCGUCAUCACCAUAUUUUACCACAAUCAUCUGGGCAAGUACCCUUACUAUACAAAGAAAAAUGUUUCAGUGAAUGGAGGGAUCCCCCAGAAUAGUGACCUAAAAGGACACUUGAACAAAACCAGGUCUGACAUUGAGAAAUUCAUUCCGUUUAAUGACUUCAGUGGUCUUGGGGUGAUUGAUUGGGAAAACUGGAGGCCAUUAUGGAUCCGAAACUGGGGACUGAAAAAUAUCUAUCGGCAAAAAUCCAAACAACUUGUGAAAAGGCUUCACCCCAGUUGGACAGACAAUCAAGUCAAAUUAGAAGCUAAGAAACAAUAUGAAACUGCAGCAUCAGACUUCAUGAAUAGUACACUGGAGUUAGUAGAGAAAAUGAGACCAAAUGGCCUCUGGGGAUUUUACCUCUUCCCAGACUGCUAUAACCAUCACUAUAAGGAAAAGACAAAGAAAUAUGAUGGGAAGUGCCCUGCAAUUGAAUACAAACGUAAUGACAAGUUACUUUGGUUAUGGAAAGAAAGUGGUGCUCUCUACCCUUCCAUCUACCUUGGACUUGAUUUGAAAUCAAGCCCAAAUGCACGAAAAUUUGUCCAUUACCGACUGAAAGAAGCUAUCAGAUUAGCCUCCAUAGCCCAAAAAGACUAUGCUCUCCCGGUCUUUGCAUAUGGACGACCGUAUUAUGCUUAUGAGUUUGUGCCUCUCACUGAGAUUGACCUAGUCCAUACAAUUGGUGAAAGUGCUGCAAUGGGAACCGCGGGGAUUGUUCUUUGGGGAAACAUCGAUUAUGCAAGAUCAAAGAAUCACUGCUUAGCAGUGAAGGAGUACAUUAAUGGCCUUUUGGGACACUAUAUUGUUAAUGUGACAUCUGCCACAAAGUUGUGCAGCAAACAUCUAUGCAAGAAACAUGGAAGGUGUGCGAGGAAGAACAUUGACUCCAAAACUUACCUCCACCUGGACCCCGGGAGUUUCAGUAUCAGAGCCAAUUCCGAGGGAGUCCAUCCAAGAUUUUCUGUGAAAGGGAAGAUGAACCCAAGGGAGCUUAAAGACAUGAAGCAAAAGUUCAUGUGCCAAUGUUAUGAAGGUUGGGUUGGCAUUGCCUGUGAAGUACCAGUUCUCAACAUUCCUUCAGUGAAUACAAGUGUCCCUGGCACAAUGGUGGGAAGAGGUUCAGCACCACAGUUACCAUUUUCAUUUGCCACUGUUGUUGUACUCCAGCUGGUCAUUAAAAUCAUUAAUUUCCAAUGCUAGAAACUUUUUGCUCUGGUAAAUUAAUAAUAUGAUAUUGAUAAGAUUUUAUCAGGUGCAUGAAAAAGGAUCUGGACAAUCAUCCUACUGGCUUUCUUUUAGAGUUUUUUUUCCAAAAUAUAUUUAAUGGCACACAGUAACGAUUAUAUCUGCUGCAUCACCCUCUGCAUUCAGCCACUAUAACAGUCCAAAGUGGAGUUCUUUCUGAUAAAUGUUGGAACUGAAGCUGCCUUCAAGCCCUCCCCAAAGAAAAAGAAAGUAAGAAAAUGAACUUCAAACAUUAGUUUUCAGGAGACACAGGAGACCGCAGAUGCAGAAAUCCGGAGCACAAAACAAACUGUCAGAGGAACUCAGUGCGUCAGACAGCAUGUGUGGAGUGAAAUGGGCAGUCGACAUUUUGGGUCAAGGCCCUUCACCUGCAUUCCAGAUGGUAUUGGUAUUGGUUUAUUAUCGUCAUUUGUACCAAGGUACAGUGAAAAACUUGUCUUGCAAACCGAUCAUACAGGUCAAUUCAUUACACAGUGCAGUUACAUUGAGUUAGUACAGAGUGCAUAGAUGUAGUACAGGUAAAAACAAUUACAGUACAGAGUAAAGUGUCACAGCUACAGAGAAAGUGCAGUGCAAUAAGGUGCAAGGGAUGAAAGAGAAGAUGAAGGGUCCUUGAGCCGAAACUCAGCUGUCCAUUUCCCCCCACAUGUUUGUUUACCAACUGCACCACCCUUCUCCCAUGCAUUAAUUUACCCUGAACCAUGCUCUGGUAGGGAAAAUGUCCAACUGCCAUGUUCUUUGGAAACUGAUGUCACAGACCCAGUAGCUCUAGACAAUGUGAAGUAAUGAGAGCCCUUUAGUUCAGUGGACUCAGACAGUGAGUGCUCUGGCCAUAUGAGUGCAGAAGAGUUGAAAGUUCAGUCCAAAAUCCCUGGCAAAUGAACUAAUCACAGCCAAGUGUGGUUUAUAAUAAUUGGCUAGUGUCCUAAUUAGGGUGCAGUGGAUAUUAAAGCUUGCUGCAUCUGAUUGGUCCCAUAAAUUGGAAUACGUAAUGAUAUGAUAUGCAGCUGUUCUAAGUCUAGUCAUGAUGCCAACACGCAUUGUUAGAUCUUCCAGCUGAAUAAUGCUCUGUUUGGCAAGGAACUGGAGGGCAAUUAACACAUGUAGAUCUGUAUCCAGCAAGGUCAAAAGUUUUAGAUGGAGGGGAGAAAAUAGGGGAAAAAAAUUGAAAACUAAAGUGCACUUAGCAGUUCACAAAUUAGUGUUAGCAUUACAGAUGCCAGAAUGAGGAAUAAAUACUGGCAGCAAACGUAUUUAGGCUGCAUGUAGUGACAGCAAUAUAGAGAGGAGCUGAUUGAGUAAUUCCUCUGUCAAUCAAGACUACACUGUUUUAAGCUAUUGUGAUUGAUUUUGUGCAUAGAAUUUAUAUUUAACUACCCUUUAUGCACUGUAUUUUGCUGGAAAAAUUAACCUACUGUUUUUAGGAGAAGUUGCUGGAGUUUCUAUUUCCUUUGCUCUAUAAGUGGAAUCUGUUUUUUGAAUAAAUUGACAUUAUUUACUGCAGAAUAUGCUCUGCCCCAUCUCCAACUCAGAGGGCGAUGUGAUAUUGUCAAUAAGUACUCUGAUAUCUUUAACCUCAAACUGUUUGGAAGAACUCUUGGGGUGGUUUGACAGCAAUAUGCUUUAUUAGUUUUAUUACUGUCUUUGUCACUUAAAACCCAUGUAGCCUAAAUGUUGUUGGGACCGAAAUCACUAAUAUUUCAAUUCUUAUCAUUCAUACAUAUAGAGACUUUGAAAAUAAAAAGAACUAAUUGAACAA